AUGCUUUGCCCAUGGAUGUUCUUUAGUGGUUAUAUGAAAUUAUAUCCUCGACGAGGUUGUCCUGUUACAGUAACUGUAUUCGCACCAAUUCUUGCUAAUUUAGGACGUUUACCAUUUGCAGAUUCAUUACCACCUGAAAAUCAUGCACUUCUUAGAAUUCAACAGAAUUUAGUCAGAAUUACUGGCUAUGCAUUGAUUGAACCAUCUUGUUGGUGGCUUAAUAAUGAAUUUUCAAAUUCACGUUAUAAAACACUUGUUCAACAUCAAAUUGAUAUUUGUACAGGGUAUCCCAAAAAAAUGUAUAUACUUUAG